GGACUGUUGUCAUGACGCUGGCUAUGUCUCUCCCUGUCUUCAGAUCAGGUGUUCGGCUGCAGUCUGUCCACUUUGUGUCAAAGAGAGAACGGCUCCGUGCCAAUCUUUGUCACGAUGUGCAUCGACCACGUGGAGAACAAUGGUCUGUUUGUAGACGGGCUGUACAGAGUCAGUGGGAACCUGGCUAUCAUACAGAAACUACGCUUUGCUAUCAAUCAUGAUGAGAGGGUGAACCUGUCAGACUCCAAGUGGGAGGACUUCCAUGUGAUCACUGGAGCGUUGAAGAUGUACUUCAGAGAGCUGCCGGAGCCUCUCUUCACCUACGCUCUCUUCCACGACUUCAUCAGCGCAAUCAAGAGUCCAGACUACAAGCAGCGGGUUCAGUCCAUCAAAGAUCUGGUCCGACAGCUGCCCGUCUGCAACCACGACACCAUGCAGACUCUCUUCAAGCACCUCAGGAAGGUGAUCGAGUACGGCGAGGAGAACCAUAUGACCACUCAGAGCGUGGCCAUCGUGUACGGCCACACGCUGCUGCGCCCCGAACAGGAGACGUGGAACAUCGCGGUCCACAUGGUGUACCAGAACCAGAUCGUGGAGCUCAUACUGCUGGAGUACGAGAACAUUUUCGGCAGGUAGAGAGAGACGCUGGAGGACGAGCCUCUUGUUUUUCUCUCUCACUCUCCCAACGCAGAGCUCUCCCUAACCCAGCGUGGCCCUGCCCAACACAGCCUGGCUCGGAUCAGCUCGACUCAGCUUCUCUUCAUCUCAAAUUGUAGUCACUGGCUUUCUCCUCUCGUACAACCUCCGGACCAAAG